AUGAAAGUCCCUACAUUACUUAGCGCGGUAUCCGCUAUAUCGACCCUACUAUCGGUACCGGUUGCAGCAGCACUAUCUCCAAACCCACCGACCCUGGAGUUCCUAUACUCGCUGAAUGCUACCGUCGGAGAGCCAAUCGAAGUAGGCAAUGGACCAUCGGGAGAGCGCGUCGCCAUCCCCGUCACUGGUGGGACGUUCAAAGGGCCCAGACUAUCAGGAAAGGUUCUCAACGUAGGUGCCGAAUGGGGCGUGACUGAUCCCAACGGAACAUUCAGAGCCGAUGCACGGUAUCAGCUUAAGACCGAUGACGGGGCGAACAUCUAUGUCCAGCUUAAUGGGCCGAGCAAGGGCGAAGGACAUGCGCAGUCGAGGAUUACACUGGAAACGGGGAGCGAGGAGUACUACUGGCUCAACGAUAUUGUCGCAGUUGGCGUCACGACUCUGGGGAAGGGGUGGGUGGCGGUUGAUGCGUGGGAAUUGGUUAGUCCGGAAUAG